CGUUGUAACUAUUUGGACCUUAAGUCUCAUAUCAUAUUAUUUUUGUAGUAAAGUGCUUGGUAUUAUUGAAUAACAUAAAUGAAACAAAAUAUAACAAUUUUGAGUACUGAUAUAUUGUUUAAAUAAAAGAAUCUGACAAUAUUAAAUAAUAUGAAUAUACUUUCGCUUUGCUAUUGGCGGAUGUGCUAUUCGAAUUGUAGCCUCCUCUGUGUUAAGAAUCCUGAAUAUAAGAAUAAAACUCUAUUAAACCAGACCUUGCAGGGGUCUGUGAACAACAUUUUGAAGUAUAAAAACCUACAAACCAGUGCCUCGGGAAGCCCAAGGAACACAAUUGGAAUUAAUGUCAAAAGAUACUAUCAUGAAAAUUUACCUCAAAUUGUUAUUAGACGCGCUUGGAGUUCUACCCCCCAAAUUUUUUAUAGAAAACCUAAUGAUUUUGGAAACGCUGCCUCGAGACCUCAAACGCGUCUUGGUUAUAAACCUAAGUCACUAGAAGAUUUUGAUCUGCUUUAUAAGAUGACAAAGGACAAAUUUAUCUCUAAAAAAUUACCUAAGGAUGUCAAUCCAUGUGGUGUAUUUGCUAACAAUGAGCUUGAUUUGGAAGAAGUAGAUGUAUACGGCUUCGAUUAUGACUAUACUCUGGCAUGCUACAAGCCUAACUUACAUGAUUUAUUGUAUAACUUGGGUCGUGACAGACUUAUUAAAAGAUUUAAGUAUCCUGAAAAAAUAUCACAAUUAGAGUACAUUCCAGGAUUUGCAGUACGUGGACUUCAUUAUGAUAUAGAAAAAGGAUUACUUUUGAAGCUUGACUCCUUUCUGCAGAUACAGCUUGGAUCUGUAUACCGUGGCCUGACAAAGAUUCCCGACGUAGAAGUAUUAAAGCUUUAUAAAAAUCGUAUUUUACCAAUUGCAUAUGUUGAGGGUCAGUCUAAAAACUAUCAGCCAAAUGCUAAGGCCAAAAUGGUUCAAUUGGCUGAUUUGUUUUCCGUUCCGGAAAUGUGCCUUCUAUGUAAUGUGGCUGAAUAUUUUGAAAAAAACCACAUCGAUUAUAAUCCCGAAAUUCUCUUUCAUGACAUAAAAGCAUCAGUGCAAUCCUGUCAUCCUGUUAUGCAUGAAAUCGUAAUGAAAGACGUGGGAGAAUAUAUUGAGAAGAACAGCAUGUUACCUGCAUAUUUUCAAAAAUUAGUGAAUGCCGGCAAAAAACUAUUUCUUGUAACGAAUAGUCCUUAUGCGUUUGUAAAUCGAGGAAUGACCCUUCUAGCCGGUGAAAAAUGGCGGGAAUAUUUCGACGUUAUAAUAGUGAAGGCAAGGAAACCGAAAUUUUUCACGGAUGAAUCCC